AUUUGUGUUAUUUUGGACGCUCGAGUUAAGAGAUUUUGAUUUAUAAUAAAGCUUUCCUGAAAUAUAUUACAGAACUUGUUAUAAUUUUGUUAUGAUUUCACAAGUUUAAUCUUACAAAAUUUGAUGUAAUCUUGUUAUGAUUAUAUCUCAACUUGUUAUUCUUGUUUUACUGGGAGCGAGUUUUGCUAGAAUUUUUGUUAUUUUAACUACUAACGUUACGUGUUUUAUAACAACCGUUGCACAGUGUUCGAAAUCGGUGGUUUUGCGAUCAAAAUCAAAUAACUUUUUUUCAGGUUGGUUCUAGAGGUUUGGCGUGUUCUAUAUAGUUUUUCUGCAUGUUGAAAGGCGUCUUUUGAUAACAUGUAAUUAAUGAUUAAUGAGAUAGAAACUUUAUUUUUUCAAGAAAAUUUUUUGAGAGGUUGGACAUUUUCAGCAAAGUUGUAGCCCACAAUAAGAGAAACAAAUCGUCGAACAUGUCAAAGCUCCACCUCUUACGGUUCUCGAGAUAUGGAGCGUUUUGCACAAAGUACCCCUAAAACUAGUUUUUUUCAGUGUAGCUUCAAUAUAAAAAAAUCCUACAGCUUUGUGACCUUCUACAAACUUGUUCAGGACGUCGAAAUACACAUUUUUUCCGAAGACGUAAAGUCAUUAUAUCUUAAAACAAAAAAGUUAGGCAUAUUUAUCAUAUUUUAAGGUGAACUUUUACCUUAAGUAACUAUUUCCGGCGCAAAAUGGCGCAGAUGGCUCAGUCGGUACUUGAAAGAUUAGACUUUUUAUUAUCACUUGGGGGUGGAAACCCUCAUGGGCAAUAGUGGGAAAGGUGGUUUAAAUACAAACUUAUUAUUUUGCCUGUAUGUAAUACAAGAAAAAAGAUAUAAUGACUUCACAUUUUUGGAAGAGAUGUGUAUUUUGACGUUCUAAUCAAGUUUAAAGAAGGUCACAAAGCUGUAGGACUUCAUCUGUUGAAGCUACACUAAAAAAACUAGUUUUAGGGUUACUUCGCACAAAACGCUCUAUAUCUCGAAAACCGUAAGAGGCGUAGCUUUGACAUGUUCUACAUUUUUUUAUCUCUUAUUAUGGACUACAACUUUGCCGAAUUGGGUUGUUUAGCGAAUAAAAUAUUGCUAUUUUCUAUAGCCUAAUCGAAAGAGCUCAUUUUUCUGAGUAUAACGUGAUUUUAUUAGAUUUCAAUACCUUUGUUUCGAUGGUUAAAUCAAUAAAACAGUUUUAAUUUUCGUGGAUAGAAUGACAGUUCAAUCGAUAAAAUGACAGUUCAACCCGAAUAAAAAAAAAUCCCCAUACAAACUUUAAAUGCAUUUUAAAAAUAGUUCCCGGACUCCAAAAAUUAUGAAAAUUUGGAUUUAGACUAAUUUUUGGGCGGAAAAUCUGAUUAUGAAAUAAUCCGGAUACCCCUAAAGAACCCAAUUGACGUCUUAAAUUAAAAAAAAAUAUAUUCAUCUCUAGGGUGAUUAAUCAAUAAUUACAUUUUAUCAAAAGAUGCCUUUAAACAUGCAGACAAACUUUGUAGAACACACCAAACCUCUAGAACCAACCCAAAAUAAGUUUAUUUAUUUAUUUAUUUGCUGUCUUUAGUUAGAAAACUACACAGACCGAUACUUAAUCCUAUUUUUAAAUUCUAUUCUACUAACAUUAAAAUGAAAUUCAUCAUAAACAGCAUUAAAUAAUUCACAAGACCUGUCCAGAGGAUAAUUACGUCCAUAAUCAGUUCUAUGUCCGAGAAUCCAUAAAAGGCAACCCGGGUAGAGGUGAAUAACAAACCAAUAACUAAAGAAUAACAUAUACUAUCAUCGUAUCUAAAUUUGCAAUUUAGUUUUUGUGAAUAGCGCAGGAUGACAUAUAAUCUUAAAGUUAAUUAAUUGUGAUCGCAAAAUCAUCGAUUUCAAACACUGUGCGUUGUUACAAAAAUCAUUGUAACAAAAUAACACAACCUGUAAUAAUUUUGUUUUUUUCCCAUCUAGUCGGGUUGCCUUAAAAAUUCCUCCAUAAAUUUCAUCAGGAAUCCUUUAGAAAUUCCUUCAGAGAAUUAUUUGAGAAAUAACUCCUAAAAUUUCAUUCAGAAAAUCAUUUACGGAUUUUUUCAAAAAUUCCUCCAUUUCUUCUGAAAAUUGUCCAAUAAUUUGAAGAUUUUCAUGGAUUUCUUCUGAAGCUUCGCCUGGGAUCAUUUCAGAAAUUCUGAAAUAAUCACAAUUAUCUCUAUAAAUUUUACAAUUUAUUCUUAUUGAGAUUUUCAGCUCUAGAUUGGUUCAUCUUUGCAUUAAGAAAUUCUUUCAAAUAUUGAUUCAGAAAUACUUCCAGCAGCAUGUUUUUUUUUUCAAAAAUUAUUCAAGUGAUUGCUUCAGAAAAUCAUAGAGCUAUUUUUUCUGCGGGAAUUUCGUCAAGGAUUUCAUUGAUAAUAUUCGCAGGAUUGUCUCCUGGAUUUUUUUAAUUGCUUCAGGGAUUCAUCCAAAAACCCAUCAAGAAUUCCUUCAGAUAUUCUUGCAUUAUUAUUUUCAGUGAUCCUCAACAGACACAGAUUCCUGCAGAAACUUGUAUAGAUUCAGGAGUUCCAGUAGUACACACUAGAAAAAAAACACCGACUUCGGUAAUGUUUUACCGAAAUCUCAACCUUAACGGUUUGUUUUACAGGAAAAAAUCGGUAAAGAUAGCAACUUUUACCAAACUUCGUUAGAGUUUGACAGAUAAACGAUAACAAUUUACCGAAAUUUUGUAUUUUUUUCACAGAAUUUCGUUAAAAACCCGCUACCGAACGCUCAGCAGUUGAGAUUUCGGUAAAAAUUACCAAACGCGACUAGCUGUGUGUGUCUUCCAAGGAUACAUCUCGGAUUUUUACUACGGACCUAAAAAAUUCUCCAAAAAUUUUAUCAAGGAAUUUCUACAGCAGUUUUAUGGGAGAUUUCUAAUAAAUUUUUCCAAGUUCCCCUAAGAUUUUUUUGAAAAAAUCUUCCAGUCACUCCAUUAAAGAAUAACUUUAAAAGUUUCUCAAUAUUUUUUCUUGGAGUUUCAUCAAGCGUUUCCCAAGAAGUUUCUCUGGAAUUUCUCCAGGAAUUUCUGCAAAAAAUCCUCCUGGGAUUCCUACAGAAAUUUCACUGGGAUUCCUUCAAAAAUAUCAUCAAUGAUUUUUACAGGAAUUAGACCGGAGAUUUCUUCAAAAAAUCCCUUUUUAAAAUUUUAUAGUAAUUCCUCCAAGGAUUCCUUCCGAAAUUUAGUCAGGAUUUCUUCAAAUAUAUCUGCAGAAACUCUUUCAGUAUUUUAAGGUUUUUUUUAGAAAUUUCAGUAAGGGAUUUCUUCAAAAGUUGUUCCAUGAUUUUUUUUCUUCAUAAGAUAAAAAUGAGUUAAAAAAUGAGAAAAAAAAACAGAGACUUAGGAGAGAGACAACUGUCCUUCCCCCCUGCCGAUGCAGCGGACCAGAGAUUUUCAGACGUCAAAGUGAUUGUAUUUAUCUGAUUAAAUGUUCUGGAACAUUUUGUGGCAAAAAAGGGAUUCGCUUCAUGAAGUCAAAUAUUUCUGGAAUCGUUUUUGGCAUUCUAGUUGAACAGAUAUUUAGUUAGAAGUUACAGUUGGACUAUGGAAAUCUGCAACAGUAGAGACACAAGUACACAGAGUGCCUAUAAAAUAAAUAAAUGGAUAACAUCCUACAGCAUCUGUGUAGCAUUUCAAAUGUAGGGUAUGUUUUGGUUAACAAGCAGCACAACUACUAUUUAUUGCCAUUAAACUGCUAAGUGAGAUGAGUGACCCACAACACAUUUCCACUUUCUAAUUUACGUGCCUCGGUUGUAGAAACCAUUGUCAUUCGCAUGUCCUGUCAAUUAAAGGUAGCAACAAAAAAAAUCAAUGGAAAAACAUGACUAAUAAAUUCCAUGGUUAGUUUCUUAGGCUCGAUUUAAUUACCUGGGUGGUGCGAAAGGUAUUUUGAUCUACAAAUAAGUGAAUUGAAUUAGGCGCUGCCACUGUCAUAUUAGAUGAAGAAAACAUAAUAUCGUAUCUCGGAAAUAUUAAUUACUCAUACAAGACAACAGCCCUUCAACAGGUCCUCAACGGGGUGCUCACUUAACAGAACAGUCCGGAAACAAAUAAUUAGUUUGGACUACUAAGACAAUUACAAUUUUUAAAAUUUAAAGAAUCACGAAACACAGCCAGUCGGAAUAGGCAUGAAACAAUCAAAUGUUUAUACGGGUUUGUGUGGAAAGUAUAAAGGUGUCACCCAUUUGUUUCGUUGCAUGAUUUCAUGCUGCUGUUUUAUAACUCAGCGGCAUGAAUCCAUAUGGAUAUGGCUCAGCAUCAUGAUGUUUGAUGAAUGUAAACAAAAAAGGUUUUAAAAACCAUGACUUUUUAUGAAAAGGGUCAACAAGAUUUAUGACAAUCGUUUUUAUCGUCAUGAUAUCAUGAUUCGUAGUCAUGACAUUAUGAAGUGGAUUUUUUAUCAUGAUUUCGUCAUGAUUUCGGAAACGGAUUUUUUACCACACGCUAAGAAAAAGUUACUCUAAAAAUAGUAAGAUCCACUCAAAUCAGUUCUAAACUGGAAAAGCUAAAAAAAUAGUAAAUCGCACUUCCGCUAGCGCUGAGCUAAAUGCUUACAUCAACUGGAACUUGAAGUUCCAGUUAUAGUUCAAUUGAGUAUACGCUUUUGACUUCUAAAUAAAUAACUUUAACUAAAUAUUUUGCUAGUUCUAUGAGUAUAUAUAUCACAUCAAUUUGUUUGUUUCAAAUGAAGAGAACUUGUGUCUAUGAAAUCAGCUUACCUUACCAACAUCGAACAUUUUAUAGAAUUUUCAAUAGUGAUGACAAUUCAAAAACUGUUAUGGAAUUGGAUUUGUUAUUAUUUUCUGUAAUUUUAUACAUGUGAAAAAGUAUAUCGGAACAUCUGAAUUUAUUAAUUGGAAUGGAUUCACAUUACAUUUUACUUGAAUAAAUGAGUGUUUCAAAGAAGAACGGAUGUUUCCGUGUUUUUACGAAACAAUCCAAAAAGAGUUCAUUAUUUUAUUAAUAAAGUUGAUCGUUUCGAAAUUCGAUUCCAGCCCGAGUAGAAAGGAAUAACAAAAGCAUAAGAAUGUGCGUUAUUUUGGCAACAUAUAUGAAUAUUGAAAUCAGUUAUUUUCAUGUUACCGUAAACCGGGGUCAAAUUGAUCUCCGGGUCGAAAUUGAUCAUACGAUUUUUCGUUAGAUAAAACAUACUUAAAUUAGUUUCCAAGCAAAUAUUGUUCAGUAUCGGUUCCCAUCUGCAUGAUAGUUGAAAGGAUAUUACUUAAAAUAUGCCAAUCGUAAACGAAAAACGUGUGAUCAAUUUCGACCCGAAGAUCAAUUUGACCCCGGUUUACGGUACUAAUAUUUUGUUAUAAACUUGUCUGUCAAAAACGGCAAAAUGAUAAAUAUCAUAACAGGCAAUGUACCUGAAAGAUUAUUUUAAUAACUUGUUUUGUUAGUUUCAAUAAUAACUUGAUACCAGUGAAUUCGAUAAAUAUUACAAUAACAAAAUUUGAAAUUCAUGAAUCAUGGAUAAUAAUCCGAGAGCAAAAUAUGUUACGAUAUCAAACUCUUAGCAAAAUAUUAUCCUUCAGGAUUGCAAGGAUUCCUCCAAAAAUUUAAUAGAAUUUCUUCAGAAUUUUCCUAAACUUCCUAAAGUUUCGCCAGAAAUUCCUUCUAUGUCUUCCCGGGGAUUUCUCCGGGAUUUCUUGAUAAAUUUCUGAGACAAUUCUUCCAGAAACUCGUCGUUAGAUUUUUUAAAACAUUUCUUUGAGUAUUCCGUCAUAUAUAUUCGUUAACAUAUUACACCGAAAAAUGUUAAAUUUCAAUUCUUCCACGGAUUUUCAUUGCAAAGAUUCAUCCAGAAUUCUGCUAAGAAUUCCUCCAAGGAUUUCUUCAGAAAUUCUUGAGAUCAUUUGUCCAUAAAUUCGUCCUAAUAUUUCUCUGAAAAUUUCUUCAAAAAUUCUACCAGGAGUUCUUCCAAAGGAAUAUCCAGGAUUUUUUCAGAAGAUUUGUCCAGGAAUUCCAACAAUUGAUCAGAUAAUUUCUCUUGAAAUUUGUACGAGAAUUGCGCCAGUAGUUCUUUUGAAGGUUUCCAGGUUUCUUAGAAUUUCUUCAGAGGCUAGGAAUAAUAUCAGUUAUAAAAUCACAAUGUUUCACUUCGCUUUACCUAUGGUAUAACUUUUUUAAGAGGCAUCGGAUCACUUUGCGGUAUUCGACAAAGUUGUUUGGAAUAUAGUCACCUACAAGAAUACAAGAAGGUUUUAUUAAACGAGCGCUCAAAGUGCCACUUUGUGGCAAAAAAUCGAAAACUUAAGAUUACUGUAUACAUUUGGCCAAGUUUUCCCAUACAAUCUUUAAGCUCGUUGAGCACAUCCUUAGACUUAUUCGAUUUCGUUCAAAUUUUGAACGUACCAUCUGAAAGUUCAAAACAACCCGAGCAGAAGGGAAUACCUUACAAAUACCAUGUGCAGAGCAACCUGUACUAUAAGUCCUAACACUGUUAUUGCUUUGUUUUUCUGCGAAAUGUUAGAAGAACAUCACAAUAACAAUUGGAAGUAUUUGUACAGAGUUUGGUAUUGAUGUGAUAUAUGUUGGUUCAUGGUGAAAAUAACUAAAGAACAAGUUUUGGUAUUAUAUCCUUUAGCUAUCGAACAAUACAAUUCAAUAGUAAGAAAUGUUAUUACUUCGUUAUCCAAAUACAGGACUUGUUAUAAGAAAUACAACACUUCGAGUGUUAUUCGAGGUGUUAUUUAUACAAAACUACACAGAAAAAAAUAUUCAUGUAAAAUUCAGCGAGAAAAAAUGCAGAUAAAGGGAAUGCUAGAGUUGGUGCAUAUUUACAUAAGAUAUCAUGUAAAAUUACGUUACAAUCGUGUGAAUUUCCGCUAAUAGUCACGUAACCGGUUGGAGUCUAUGAUGAUUUACACGAUGGUUGGCGGAAAUUUACACGAUGGUAAUGUAAUUUUACAUUAUAUCUCAUGUAAAAGUGCAUUAACUCUAGCAUUCCCUUUAUGUGCAUGAUUUCUAGCUGAAUUUUAACCCUCUAAUACCCAAUCCCGCCUUUAGACGGGGUAUAGUUUGAGCAUUUUUGUAAUCUUUGUUUCGUGGAAAAUCAUUUUUUUAUAUUUUUGGAUGAUAUUUAGGACUGUUCUGUAUAUCUCAAAAUAUUUUUUGGUGUAUUUUAAAGCAUAUACGCAUUUUUUAAAAAUCAUUGAAAAAAUUAUGUUUAAGUCACCUUUUAGAAGUCAUUGUUUAUUUAGUAUUGAAUCGUUACAAUUAACGUAUUUCAUUUUUUCCCAAAUCAUUCUAUCCUUGUUUAAUGGUUUAAGCGAAUGGAAUACACUCUAAAAUUAUUUUCCUUAAAAUAACACGGAAAAUAAAAUUUUCUGUGAAAAAAAAAUAAUAAUAUUCCAACAAUAAUCAUAAAAUCUCAAAAUGUUUUCAUCUCAAAAAAUCCGUUCCCCAAAUUGGCUUCCAGGAAAAAUAUAAAAGUGUGGGGAUGUUCAAAAAUAAAAAUUAGAAAAAUCAAAAACUGAAAUUCACGAAAUCGAGAAUUAAAAAGAAUUAUCUUCCAAAACAUGUUUAAAUCGAUUUUAGAUGACGAAAAAUGAUAUUUAGAUCAAAAUCAAAAAUUUGGGUAUUAGAGAGUUAAUUACAUAUUUUUUCUGUGUAUGGUAUUCCUUUUUGUUAUUUUGCCUAAUGAAGGGCAUAUCGAAGUACAAUGAUAUUUAAGAUUAUUACCUUGAUAUGUUAUACAUUUCUGCUCGGGAACUGAUUCAGGAAACAUGAUUUUUUAAUAAUUGUAUGUUUUUCAUACAAAUGUGGACCACCCUAAUGUUCAGCGUUCCUGUUUGGAUCGCACAACACCUUUACUAACAUUAGCAUGUCUUCCGGGAUUUCCCAAAAGGUUAAAUGUCAAUUUGCCUCAAAUCUGAUCUGACGCACUAAUUUAACAAGUUAUUUUUUCAAUUUCCCACGGAGAUUUUUGAAGCCAACAAAGAUCCUAUCUUCGCUCGCACUCAUCGAAAACCGAUUAAACUUCUGUCGACCAGUGUGCAGCAGCAGCAGCAACAGCAGCAAUAUAAACAAUCUCCACGGCAAGGAACCUUGCGCGCGUUAUAAAAGUGAAUCUUCAUUCCAGCAUCCACCCGUCCUGUCUCGGACCCCCUCGGGUCUAGUGUGUAAAUAUUACUCCUCGCGGUGUAGCUUCCCCAGACUUCGAACGAGUCCCCCCUCCAUCCAGUCCCUCUCAAUUACAUACGACAGCAUCCAUUUGAGCAGCAUAUUCCGUAUGCAAAGUGUGUUUUGUGCGAUUUACCCGAGAGUGUAAUUUUGCGCCGUUUCAGCUGUGGAAAAAAAAGUGUGUCGUCGUGGGCUGAGCAAGUCUCAUCUUCGCGUAAAGGUGGAAACGUACUGCUGCAACUCGAACCCGGGAAAAUAUAAAUACAAAGUGACAUAAUAAUUAUCAUCAUCAACAAAAGAAGUACCAACCAGGCAGCGAAGUACCCUCAGCAGGUCACCACCACCGUAGCCGUCGUCGUCGCCGCCACAGCAUCUUCUUCAAUAACCGUGACGCGAGCGAGUGUGAUUGUUGUUUGCUGGUUGCGAACGAUCCCCGGACUCAGCAGGUCUUCACGGGAUUUUAAUCAGCAGCGAGCGCAUCUUCGGUCGCACAGCUGCAGGCCAAGCCGUGCGGAGCCGCCGUCCGUCCGAACCGUUGAAAGUGAGAGUUGAUCGCGCGUGUCGCUGGUCGCUGGUGAUUGCCGGCCGUUCAGGAAGAUAUUGGACCGACGCAGUCGCCGUACCUGUGUAGAAGAUGUUCCUUCGACGGUCCUCGCUGGCAGUGCUGGUCAUAUUUGGAUACCUGCUAAUUAUAGACGGUCACGAAGAAAGCGUGGUGCGGACCAAACGACGCGGUCGGAAGCCGCGGGUAUCGGUGGUGUCCCAGCGGGUGGACGAGGAACCAAGUCAAAACCUGGACAAUGGGGAUGCGAACUCCGGGGAUGUGCAACCGGUGGUGCCGCCCGGGUUUCUAAGUCCCUCGGUGCAGGAGUACCUGGAGCUGGGAAAAUCCAUUCCAGGACGCCCCGGAACGGACUACCCAAUCCUAGCUGCCGUACCGUACACGAACUUCUACUGUGACGAGCAGGAAUAUCCCGGAUUUUUCGCUGACAUGGAAACGAGGUGUCAAGGUUGGCACUACUGCGACAUCGACGGCCGGCAGGCGACGUUCCUCUGCCCGAAUGGAACGCAAUUUUCGCAGGCCGUCUUUGUGUGCGAUUGGUGGUUCAACGUGCGGUGCGAUCUGUCGCCUCGGUUAUACGCCAUCAACGCACGGCUCUACCAGCGUCCGAAGGUGAAUCCGACGCGGAAGCACCGGGUCAUAACGAAGCAGCUGGUCGAGGAUAUCUUCAACAAAUAAUGCGGGAUGCAGUGGGAAUGUGUGUGCGUUCAUCCGCAGCGCGAAUUUCGAUCAAGAGCUAACGGAUUCAUCCAAGUUCCUCUCUUGGUCGGCGCAGAAGAAUGAUGGGGAUCGGCGAUACAGAGUGAGAUGAAUGGAGGGAGCGAUUUUGGAGUAUUUGAGUGUUAAGCAGGGGCAUGAAUGAGAGCAGGAGCGAAUGAGAGAGUGUUAGGAAGAUGAUUUUAACUUUUGUACUCAUGUUCAACUCUCGAAACUGAGAUUCUCUUGCGGAUAUUAGGGUGUGGUAUGGUUUACAGAGUGUUGUAAUAUGUUUUGCUUCUCUAUACAUAUAGAAAAAAACUCUAUACAUAUAGAAAAAAAAGUUGGCUACGAAAUAUAAAAUUCAGAAUUUUGAAAAUAAUAAGACAAAAAGAUCCUAAAAUUUUGAAAAGUAUUGAAAAUCUUUCCAAGAAUUCGUUUUCAAUUGAGAAAGAACUACACUCGAUUCUUUUUUUCACUGGUCUGUUUUUUGCUAUAACUCAGCCAAUUUUGUACCGAUUCUCAUGACAUUUUGAACACUAUAGUACUAACCGUGCCUACAUGUUUACAAAAUUUCAUGAGAAUCAGUUGAAAAUUGACUGAGUUAUAGCAAAAACCAGACCCGUGCAAAAAAAGAAUUGGAUGUAAUAUAAUAGGACAGUUAAAACAUCUUAAACAAUCCACACCCUAAUGAACCGCCAAUGAUGAAAAGCAGUAUUUUAAAAAAACAAGUUAAAUACGUUAUUUUUUUCCUUUUUAAAUUUAAAUUUAAAUAGAAUUUAAAAUCUCUUUCUCGAAGAAACACACUAGAAUCCCUAGUUUUCCGAGUAUUACUUUUCACAUAGAGAAUGGCGAAAACUUUGUCCUAUUCCUUUUCAUCAUCCACGUGGUAAUUUUCUCCAAUCCUGGAAGAAGAAAUUGUAGCUGUAUAGUGUCCUUUCGGGCCGGAGAAAUUCCACGUGUGAGCGAUACGGAAGCAAGAAUUUAAAUUUAAAUUAAAUCUAAGCAAAUAGAAAACCUUUUAUUUCCCAUCUGCCUCCAAUUGCCGCUACUUUCGGCUUGCUCCGGCCUCUCCCACCUAUAAAACUCAAACUGUAAAUGAAAGUGAUUUUCUUCAGAACCGAGCGUGGAAACUUCAGGCACAGUUCAACAAAGACAAAUAUCACAGUCUCUGUGUAUGACGAGAAAAAGCCGGUACUGUUCUUCGAGAAAGGGAACUAGUUUUUCAAUUUCCAUUCCUUUUUUUUAUGUUUUCCUAAGUGUAAAUAUGGUGGAUGUUUGCAAGCUCGCUCGUGGCUUUUCCGCGCGAAAGCCAGCGCGGAGCUCACUGGCAACACUGCACUGGAUGUGUGUAACUUAAGUGGUGUUUGCAGUUCGAUGCAGCUAACAAGAAAAUACUCAACAGUUUUAGACGAAUUGUAGAACUUUCAAUCUGUGUACAAACAUGAAUACUAAUAACAACAUCGUAGAAACAAUAGGAUACUGUACCGACCGCCAUGUGAACGUCAUCAAACAGCGGUUUCAGACAAAGAGUGAGAGAUAGACAGGGCCUUUUGUGAGAGUGAGAUUCUUGCUUAAACUUUAAUUAAUACGUUAGUUAGGUGUGUCAAUCUCUUAAAUGAAUGUAAACAGUUGUGUAUUAUAAAACCAUCUAAUAAAGAAGUAUUAUUUAAGGACAAA